UGAAAUCCUAUGGUUCACCUCAAUGUGGUUGGGGAAGGCUCAGCUUUUUGUUUUUGUUCUUUUACUGUAGAAUCAAGAUCAGAGUACAAGCAACAAGCUUCUUAAUUUGUCAACAAAAAAGAUGGACGUUUAAUGAUUAUACAAUCAACUCUGCUGACAGUCACAAAAAUGCCUUUCUGAGAAGAGGAGCUCAGAACAUUCCGAUUCAAUGUUAACGGACCACGGAAAUCAAAGCGUGGUGACAGAAUUCAUCCUGAUUGGAUUUUCCGGCUUCCCAGACUUGCAGGUCCCCCUGUUUGUGCUGUUCUCCAUCAUGUACUUGGCGAUUUUGGCUGGAAAUAUCAUUAUAGUCACGACGAUAAGGCUUGAAUCCGCCCUCCAUAUCCCCAUGUACUUCUUUCUUUCCGUUCUCUCCAGUUCAGAGGUCUGCUACACACUUACCAUUAUCCCCAAUAUGCUUGUAAAUCUUUUAAAAGAAAAGCCAUCGAUUUCAUUUCUUGGCUGUGCCACUCAGAUGUUCUUGUUCUUGGGCUUUGGGAGUACAAACUGCAUGCUUCUUACAUUGAUGGGAUAUGACCGCUAUGUUUCAAUUUGUAAACCUUUACAUUAUGCAGUUCUGAUGAAUCAGAGAUUCUGCACUAAACUGGUUGUCUUUGCAGCAACUAGUGUUUUUUUAUUUUCUACACUGGACACCUAUUUCAUAUUUACCUUGCCAUUCUGUGGGCGAAAUAAUAUUCAUCACUUCUUUUGUGAUUUGGCACCAUUACUUGAGUUGGCCUGUGGCCGAAAUUAUUUCGGAGAAAUUAUCAUUUUUCUGCUUUGCAUUCUGGUGAUAUUUUGCUCAUUCCUGCUGAUUCUUCUGUCAUAUCUUUUAAUCUUAAACACAAUCCUGAAAAUCCCCACCACAGAUGGGAAGCGCAAAGCCUUUUCAACUUGCGCCUCCCAUAUCAUUGUGGUGGUUGUGCAUUUUGGAUGUGCUUCUGUUAUUUACCUGAGGCCACAAUCCAGGUACACUUUGAACGAGGACACUUUUAUCUCGGUCACAUACACAAUGGUGACCCCGUUGCUGAAUCCUGUUGUUUACAGUCUGAGGAACAAGGAUGUCCAAAUAGCACUCAAGAAAUACCUGGGAGGAAGAACAUGCAUGCAGAAGGUGUGAGAAGUGAUUAUGGUGGUUGAAAUAGUCUUGUCCUAAGUCAUACUUUAUAGGGAAACAGUGAAAUAUCACUAUGAAGAAAAAUCAUGGGCCCAAUUAUGAUUUGUUGCCGUCAA